GUGGCUACGACAGAUUCUGCACCAGAGCUGAGCUGCUCCCACCACUGCGGCCUCGGACCUGGGGCCCCGCGGGUCUCCCACAGCUCAGCCGGCUGCCCGUCCCGCCAAACUCCUAGCCUGGGCCCGCUGCUCCCUAGUAUGUUUCUGAAACAGGCACUGUUCUGCCUUUGUGAAUAUAUCGGACAACUCCUCGUUGCGAGGGACGCUGCCUGGAGGCCAAGCUGCUCCCGGCUCCCGCGCCCCGCACCCCCUCAGCCUGCCCCGCGGCCGCGGGCGUCGGCCGCUACGGCCAAAUCUGCGCAGCCGCACAGGCUGGGGGCGGGCGAAGUCCACUGCCCCCGCUUCUCCUCUCUGGAGGAAGGCCUGGCCUGCCCUGCGCAGGGCAAGGCCGGCUCGGCCGCCCUGGGCGGCCAGCAGAGAGCAGCAGGGGCUCGGCGCGCCAGGAGAGGGCUGCGAAGUGGGGCGGGCGCGCGGCCAGGACUGCAGGGGCGAUGCCACCUGAUUGGUGCGGACGCCGGCAGACACGUCAGGCGGCCGCUGAUUGGCUGCGUCGGGUCAGGGGCGGGGCCUCCUGACGCCGGGCUCGUCAGAUCUGUGCGGCCUCGGGUGAGGCGCGGCCGGAGGAGGUGGCGGGCGGUGUUUGGGGUUGGCGAUGGUGUAACGGCCGCUCCCCUCCCCCACUCUCCUCUGCCGCGUGCUGUUCGCCGAGAAGACAGGCCUGGCUCUCCGCCCCGCCGGCUCCGCACCGCGGCCGCCACUCGGGGCCUGGGCGGGCGGCCCUGGACGGAGCGGUGCCGCAGGGCGGUGUGCGCGGCUAGACCGGCCCGCAGUACCGGCGGGAGGGCAGAGCCGCCGGCCGCGUGGGGAGCGGCUGCGGGAGCGGGGGACGGCUCCCGGGAGCCCCUGCCGCGCGCCGAGCCCGCGAGCGAAGCCUCCGGCCUGCUCCCCCGCCGAGCGGGGGCACGAGAGCGCCGGGGACGCGCGGAGAAGCCGCCGCGAGGGCCGGAGCCGGGCGGUGCGGGGUCACUGCGGAGGGGCUCGGGCUUCCUUUGCAGCGGUGAAAGUGCUUUGGCAGUUGCGCAACAUUGUGAAUGCACUCCACGCCACAGAACUGUUUACUUUAAAGUGGCUACUUUUCUUUUGAGUGAAUUCCACUUCACACAAAAUGUGAACUCAACACGAAAGCCAAACUUGGGCAGUAAGAGUGUGUGCUUCCUAAAGGGUGAGCUGACCUGCUGUCCAGCAUGCUGCACAAUGUCUGCCUAUAGACGGGCUGCUACUUUUGUGCCACUGUGUCCUCCAGUUGAGUGGACUGGGAACUUGGAUUUCCCAUCUGAAGGAAGUUCGAUUUGUGUUUGUGCAAUGACCUAAACCUCUUUUUAUUAAUGUAGCACACAGUAUCUGGAUUCUCCUAUGACUGUAAUUCGAAAUACCAACAUUGUCAUCUUAAACUGUAAUUAUAGGAGCUGCCAUUUGUCAUGUGUCUGCAUGGAAAUUUGAGACUAGAGAAUAAAUCACUGUAUAAUUAAGAGAAUA